AUGGUGUCGCUACUGGAAAAGCUUGUGAACCUCAAUAAGACGAGAAACAUUCACGUGUUCCUUUGUGGCUUGCGAGGUUCUGGGAAGACAACCCUGCUUUACAAGUCUCUGAUAAAGGAUUGGAAUAACAUACACGACGAAAUUGAACCCACUAUUUUGUACCAUUAUGAGGAAUUGCGCCUGAAUGGGAGGUGUUAUGGCAUAUGGGACUUCAGUGGUGACUCAAAGGUGAAAGACAUACCGACGUACAUUGCGAACCAGCUGCAGGUCACAGCAGUGGUCUUCGUUAUAAAUACAAUGGAACAACCCGGUUCUGUGCACCAGGAAGUCGUCGAUCGCUUGCAAAGGUUGAAUAGUGAUGAUGCCUUCAAAUUGUCGUUAUUUGUUGUAUUGUUCAACCAGAUAACGUCUGAUUCAGAAAACCGAAAUUUGGAGGAAAUGCUGAAAACCCACUUUUCAGACCCAGAUCGCUUCACAUUCGUCACGGUUAAUGCCUUACAAGGGAUGCAAGAUCAGAGUUGGUUACAUUCUUUAGAUCUUAUAUAUCGUCAUCACAAGAAAACGAUGAAAUAG